CCCAGAAGUAGUAGCCACUGCUGGGGUGAAGGGGCAUGGAGCAGGAGAGCCUGGCUUCUUGUCCGGGCCCCUGGAGCCCGGAGCCAAAGGAACUGCAGGGCAGCCUGGCCUGGGAGCAUCCUUGGACCUGCUAUGGAAAGAACUGAGCCUGGCAGAAGACUGCAUCCCAGCUGGAGGGAAGAACGGAGGCCAGGGGCUAGGUCACAGAAGGAAGUGGCCAGCACCAUGGGCACAAGCCCGAACUUAUCCUUCUUCCCCGGCGAUCACUGGCUCUACUUCUCCGUGUACCUCUUCACCUUCCUCGUGGGGCUCCCCCUCAACGUGAUGGCCCUGGUGAUCUUCGUGGGCAAGCUGCGGCGGCGCCCAGUGGCCGUGGACGUGCUCUUGCUCAACCUCACCCUCUCAGACCUGCUCCUGCUGCUCUUCCUGCCGUUCCGCAUGGUGGAGGCUGCCAAUGACAUGCGCUGGCCCCUGCCCUUCAUCUUCUGUCCCCUCUCCGGAUUCCUCUUCUUCACCACCAUCUAUCUGACCUCCCUCUUCCUGGCAGCUGUAAGCAUCGAGCGCUUUCUGAGCGUGGCCUAUCCGCUAUGGUACAAGGCCCGGCCCAGGCCUGGACAGGCCGGCCUGGUCAGCGGGGCCUGCUGGCUCCUGGCCAGCGCUCACUGCAGCGUGGUCUACAUCAUCGAAUUCUCAGGGAACUCCUCCUACAGCCAGACUAUCAAUAGCACUUGCUACUUGGAAUUCCAGGAGAACCAGCUGGCUAUUCUCCUGCCUGUCAGGCUGGAGAUGGCUGUGGUCCUUUUUGGGGUGCCCCUGCUCAUCACCAGCUACUGCUAUGGCCACCUGAUAUGGGUGCUCAGCAAGGGAGCCAGCUACCGGAGGUGGAGGAGGGUGGUUGGGCUUGUGGCAGCCACCCUGCUCAACUUCCUCGUCUGCUUUGGGCCCUACAACGUGUCUCAUGUCGUGGGCUACAUCCAGGGUAAAAGCCCGGCGUGGAGAAGUUAUGUGCUGCUUCUUAGCACCCUGAAUUCCUGUGUUGACCCCCUUGUCUACUACUUCUCAUCAUCCGGAUUCCAGGCUGACUUUCACGGGCUGCUGAGAAGGCUGACUGGGGGCUGGGGCCCUUGGAGGCAGGAGGGCAGCGUGAAGCUGAAGGAGAAGAAUGAGGAGGGGCAGCCACAGGAGCUGUCCGACAUAGAGAACAAGUAGUGGACUCCAGGAGGGCUUUGGAGCCAGCAGCCGAAUGACUGGGCAGUUCCUAGCUCGAGUCAGGCAGGACCGGGGAGUGGGGGGCUGGGGGCUGAUGCAGCCGGGGCGAAGCAGGCACCCAGACUUCCCAAGGACGUGCUCGCCCAAGCCCAGCUCUCGAUCUUACCCAACUGCCCUCCUUUCCCAUCUCCCUCUGCCCCUGGCCCCCCCAACGCCGUGGAUUCGGCCCUGGGAGAUAGUCAGGAUGAGAGCAUGCGCUGGCGAAAAAUGAGCUCCCAUGGCAGCAGGCCGGCUGCUGUGCUUUUUGGAAGGGAAAGGAGGAGCUGAGAGCAGUGACCAGGGACUGAGGGAGCUGCCUGGUGGCCUGGGACAGGAGGGGGAAGAAGCCAUCCUUCAGAGCCUCUCCUACCCAGCAGGUCAAGAGUGGGUACACAGGACCCCAGGCCUGAGGGAGCAUCCUGCUUUCAUGUGGAUUUUUCCAAAAAGUUUCCAUUGUUCAGUAAAUUCAGACUUUCAGGGACAUAAAUGAAAAAUGACAGAAGAAAAAUUACCUAAAUAAAUCUGGU